GACGUGAAGCUGCCAAAGGAGAGUGGCGCCUCCUCUGCACCUGGAGAUGACAAGCAGCGCUGCGCCGUGUGGACCCUGACCCCCUCCCCGCUGACCCCCUCCCCACUUCCCCUCUCGCUCGUGUCCGCCGCCGCGGAGGAUUGGACGCCUGCCGUUUCCACGACAACUAUAAUGGGCUGCAAUCUGUGCACUUUACAGAAGCGAGAGGAACACUACAAGCUGCUGUAUGAGAUAGGACAGGUCAACGGCAAGGAGCUGUCCAAGUCCAGCCAUGAGGAGACCUUCCGGCCCGCCAAGGACCCCGUGGUGGUUCAGGUCAUCCGGCGGACCCCCAGCGGCCGACCCCGCGGCCCGCCUCAGGAAAUCCGUGUGGUGGAUGUGUGCACGCAGACCGACAUCACCUUUGAACACAUCAUGGCGCUGGCCAAGCUGCGACCUUCCACGCCUCCCGUGCCUGACGUCUGUCCCUUCCUGCUGUCCGACAGCUGCCACUCCCUGCACACCCUGGAGCAGGAUUACUACCCAGGGACCGACUACCUCUCGCCCGUUCCGCUUGACGGCGAAAGGACGGAAGAGUUGGAGUACGAGGAAGUGGAAUUGUGCCGACUCAGCAGCCAAGAAAAGCUGGGGCUGACUCUGUGCUACAGGACGGACGAGGAGGAGGACGUGGCCAUAUACGUCAGCGAGAUCUGUCCCAACAGCAUCGCCGCUAAAGAUGGCCGCAUCCGAGAGGGGGACCGCAUACUGCAGAUCAAUGGUCGGGAUGUCCAGGACCGAGAGGAGGCCAUGGCUGCGCUCUCCAACGAGGACUGUCGCAGCAUUCUGCUGCUGGUGGCCAGGCCGGAGAUACAGCUGGAGGAGGCCUGGCUGGACGACGAGCACAGCGACUUCUUGGAGCAGCUGAAAAUAGAAAUGCUGGAGGAACAGCAGCGCGAGGACAAGGAGUUGGCCGCCUUCCGAGAGGAGCAGGUACGCCAGCAGAGAGCAGAGGACGACCGGCCCACAUGCUCCUCGCGGACCCUCAGAGACCAAAUGGACAGUUCGGAGGAGGACGUCCUGGCGCACAUCCAGAGACGUCUGUCCCAGUGUCUCCUGGACAACUCGGACACGCGCCGGCCGGAGGGCCAGGAGGACAAUGAGGACGAGGAAGCGGCAGGCGAGCGCUUCCAGCAGCUCCUGGAGCUCAAGUGUCAGAUCCGGAACAGUGGCGAGUACGACCUGUUCUACAGCCGCCGCAGCACCAUCGAGUGCAGCAUGGCCGAGCAGGGCGGCGUCCAGCAUGAGCUGCGCAUGCUCAACGAGGAGCUGCGCAGCAUCGAGCUGGAAUGCCAGAACAUCAUGAAGGCCCACAAGAUCCGCAAGAGCCUGCAGUCGCCCUCCACCACCGGGUGCUCGGUGCCCUCUGAGCCCAGGGACCAAAACCUCCACAAGGGGAGUGAGGACAAGGACAGCUCCAGUGCCUACAACACAGCGGAGAGUUCGCGGAGCACCCCGUUGGCCAUGGAUCGCUCUCCGGAACAUUCCCUCCAGAGGAUGGUGAGCCUCACCAACCAGAGGAACCGCCGCAGCAGCCUUGCCAGCCCCAUCCCCGUGGCAGGAUGCAGAGCGCCCCUCCUGGGCAAGAGCAGCAGCCCGGACCACAGCAACCCCUCGGACCAGUCGGAUCAGACGCUUCUGCCCGAGGAGGACCAUAAAGGGAAGCUGAGGCCUGGCGUUUCCCAAAUCCCUUACUUCUCCCCGUCCCAGCACCGGCAGAGCAACAUCCCAGAGCACGCCCACCACUACCAGAGCUACAUGCAGCUGAUCCAGCAGCGCUCGGCGGUGGAGUACGCCCAGAGCCAGCUCAGCCUGCUCAGCAUCUGCAAGGAGCCCCAGAGCCCCCUCAACCAGCCCAAGAUGGAAUGGAAGGUGAAGAUCCGCAGCGACGGCACGCGCUACAUCACCAAGCGGCCCGUGCGGGACAAGAUCCUGCGGGAGCGCGCCCUGAAGAUCAAGGAGGAGCGCAGCGGCGGCAUGACCACGGACGACGACGCCAUGAGCGAGAUGAAGAUGGGCCGCUACUGGAGCAAAGAGGAGAGGAAGCAGCAUUUGGUGCGAGCCAAGGAGCAGAAGAAGAGGCGGGAGUUCAUGCAGAGGAGCCGCCUGGAGAGCUUGAAGGAGAACCCUCAGAGCAGCAGCGAGGUCAGCAUCAUCGAGCUGAGCCACAAGAAGAUGAUGAAGAAGCGCAACAAGAAGAUCCUGGACAACUGGAUGACCAUCCAGGAGCUGAUGACUCACGGGGCCAAGGCUCCGGAGGGAGCGCAGGUGCACAACGCCUUCCUCUCGGUCACCACCGUAUGA